AUGGCACCUUCUGCUCUCACGCCCCCUCCCGAGGAAUACAACAUUGCGUUGUAUCACAAACAGUACCUCAGCGACUGUUCUCUCGGCAGCAUCGGCAACAAUGGCGCGAGCAGCUCCAAGCAACUCAUUGGCGCAGCUUUGAAGAGCCGUGUCGAGGCUAUCGACCACGACAUCUGUGACGUCGGCGACGAAGACACCUUCUUCGUCGCUGACCUGGGCGAGGUCUACCGUCAGCACCUGCGCUGGAAGAAGAACCUGGCUCGUGUCAAGCCGCACUAUGCGGUCAAGUGCAAUCCGGACCCGCAGGUCCUGCGCCUCAUGACCGAGCUCGGCCUCGGCUUUGAUUGCGCCUCCAAGAACGAGAUUGAGACGGUUCUAAAGAUCGGCGUCGACCCCUCCCGCAUCAUCUACGCGCAGCCCUGCAAGACCAAGUCGUACGUCCGCUACGCUGCCAAUGCUGGCGUGAAGCAGAUGACCUUCGACAAUGCCGACGAGCUCUACAAGACCAAGCAGCUCUUUCCUGACGCUGAGCUGUACCUCCGUAUUAUCACCGAUGACACGGCCAGCUUGUGCCGUCUAAGCCAGAAGUUUGGUGCUGCAAUGGACCAGACCGGCGAGCUGCUUGAGCUUGCAAAGAAGCUGGAGCUCAAUGUUGUUGGCGUGGCUUUUCACGUCGGCUCUGGUGCGUCUGACCCCAAGGCGUUCAUCAAGGCUGUGCAGGACGCUCGCUUUGUCUUCGACCAGGCGGCUGCUCUGGGCUUUAACAUGCACACCUUGGAUGUGGGUGGUGGCUUCACCGGCGACGCUACUUUUGAGCCCAUGGCUGCAGUCUUGUCCGCUUCCUUGGAUGAGUACUUCCCGCCUCACAUCCGUGUGAUUGGCGAGCCUGGACGCUAUUACGUCUCCACCGCGUUCACUAUUGCGUGCCACGUUAUCGCUCGCCGCACUGUCACCGAUGCAACGCUGGGCAUGACCAAUUACAUGUUGUACUUGAAUGAUGGAGUGUACGGGAACUUCUCCAGCAUCAUCUUCGACCACCAGCAUCCGGUUGCGAAGGUGCUGAAGUCCGGCAACGACGUCCUGUACGAUGUUCGCCGCUCCGGAUACGACACCCCUUCGCAGAUCGAGUACUCCAUCUGGGGCCCCACCUGCGACGGCAUCGACAUCAUCUCCUCGUCCAGCACCUUCCCCGAGCUCCUCGAUGUUGGUGACUGGCUCUACUUUGAGGACAUGGGCGCGUACACCAAGUGCUCUGCCACUCGCUUCAACGGCUUCACUGACAGCCACGAUGUUGUGUACGUGUGCAGCGAGCAGGGCGCCCAGGCUCUGUUGGGCCUUUGA